AUGAUUCUCUACUUACUUACGCAAACGACAGCAUCAGUCUUCGUUCUUCUCUCUUUUAUCUUGGUACACAUCUAUAGAAAAUAUUCGUCAGAUGCAAUACAAAGUGAUCACGCCAACGACGAUCUCAAUGACACAAAUGCGCACCUACGCGAAGAAGCUCUUUCAUUGACGAAAGUUCGUUGUAAACCACGGCAAUCUUGGAUUCAAUCGUCGACAUCCUUGGAAGAUAAUUCAUUAAAUCUUAGCAAAUCAUUUGUACCAAAACCUUCAGUUGGUGGAAGCGGCGACGGUUCAAAUGUAAUUGUGAACACAACUAUAUGUACAAAAACACCAGCUGCAAUGCCAUUACAAAAGAAUUCGAUCGAUUGUAAUAAAUCUGAGAAAAGACAUGCCGAAACACCUCCCUACGGUUUCCUUCAACUGAAUCAUGAUCUUCGGUCGAUCAAAACGGAUGACUCAACAUUGUCACCAAUUUCAAAGACAAAUAACAUUCCUGAUAAAGAUGUGCUAUCAGCAAGCAAAAAGACCGACAAUUUCUACCUAAUCCAUCAUCAAUCAUCGUUAAUUCCAAUAAAAGAUUUAUUAAAUCAAAAAAAUCUCAAUACAAAUAUCGAAAUCAUUCAAAUGGAUGAGCAAGAAUGCAUUUUAGAAAUCGUCGAUGGUGUUAUCAAGUUAGUCCCAAAGGACAAAUCGCAUUUAUCAUCGCCGAACACCGAUGAUGAUAAAUCUGAUGCCAAACAAAAAAGUUCGAUUGAAUAUGAAACAAGUAAUAAUUACGAUUCACCGGAACGCACCGAACGAUCAUCGUCAGUGGCAUCAUCGAUUUCGACACCACCACUGUCCGAACAUGAGCACGAAUCAGAAGAUAAACUAUCGGUAGCGUCCGUAUCAAACAAAGACGAUGAUCAUGAAGAAAAUCAAGAACCAUUUAUUCUCUGCCGUGAUAUUCCAUCAAAAACCCCUCCACUUCAGUCUCAAUUCGAUCAAUCUGUUGACUUAUUGGAUUUAUUUUCUACUCCGCCUGUCCCGCAAUCGCAUUCGAACACCGAUAACAAUAAAUAUGUGAAAAAUUUACUUGACGAUUCCUUAUCAUCUGCUUCAUCCUAUGAACAGAAUGGCGCCGAUAAAGAUUCCAUUUCGCAUUCGUCUGAACAACAAAAAGAACGUUCACCAUCGCCAGUGGGUCAACCACUAUCCAAAUCUUCAUCAUCGACAUCAAUAUCUAUGAAAGACGAUAACUCUUCUGUAUCGCCGACAAAUCAAGUUUCGGAACUUGUUAAAUCAAUUCCCGUGAUCGAAAAACCUUCGUUAAUUGACGAACCUGAACUUGAGUAUCCACUGCCGAAAAGUGAACCUCCACCGACUGCUAAGCCGAUCAAUAAAGCUCGUAUAAACGAAUUCGCAUCUCUUCUCUCUUCAUCUGUUCAUUUGACUCAACUGCAAGCAAUUAAGAAGCCAGACGUUUCCAAAGAAACUCCCGUUAACAACCGUCCGCCGCCAUCUCCAUUACGUUCUGACGAGCAGAGCUAUUCUUCGAUACGUUCUGUGGUAGCAAGUGAUCGCGACCAACGCGAAUCUUAUCAAACAGUGAAAUCAAAUAACACUUCUCAAGAAGAACAAACGAAAAAGCCAAUCGAUGCACGUUAUAAUGAAAAAAUCGAUGAUCGAUCAUCGAUACAAAUAAACACAUCAAAUAUCAAAGCAUUAUUCGAACAAAAAAUCUCAGAUACGAAUAAACUCUUAUCCCAAUCGAACGAACAUUUGCUACAUUCGAACGAAGCCAAACAACAGCAUAAGAAAGUACCAAUUAGUUACGGAAGUUUAAAGCGAAACUUGCCAAUUAAUCCAGUCCAAACAAAUCAAGUUUCUACUCGACGACAAUCCUAUCAAGACAUGUCGAGUACGAAUAAAUAUGCCGAGCACAUUGCCGGCGCUAAGGAUGUGGUUAUUGAAGACAAACAGCCUGAACAUGGUCAUCAAACUGCACAAUAUGGCAACGGUAUACGUCGACACAAUACAGAAGAAAUCAUUCGUCCAGGAAUAGUGUCUUCGAGAGCAUCGCCUGAUUCGACAUCUAGUAACAAUCGAUCAGAAUCUUUAAUAGCUCGUGAAAUUCGUGAAACACAAGAGAAAGAAGAAGAAUUAAGACGGCAACGCCGCAGCUGUGGCCUACCAGAAGAUCUAUCCAGUUUAUCAAUAUUAGCAAAUAGCGAUCCAAUCAAACCCGAUGCUUCAUCGUCAACAUCUACUAAGGCGCCAGUUAAAAGCAGUUCAUUUCUAUCUAAUCUAGAUUUUUUUACCUCGAAAGAAAACACUGGCACAAAUAGCACUUUUCCAUCUCGUCGUUCAACAACAACAAUCCCAAAUAUUGCCUAUGAUUCUCAAGGGUCAUCAACAAAUAACGAGUCCAAACCAAUAACAAAUAUUGUCGCGCAAGAACUGAGCCGAUUCAAUGGAAACGGUAUCCCAAUCAUCCGUACAAGUUCGUCAAACAAUUAUAUUCAACGUUCAUCGUCAAACCAGAACAUUUUCACCGCACAAAAUACGAACAAUGUCAUCCAACGCGAAAUAGAAGCAAUUCGUACCAAGGAAGCCGAGCUACGUGAAUUAGGUCGAAUACAGCAUACAAGCGAUGAACAUUCAGAUCCAAGAAAAUAUCAAGAAUAUAUAUCAACAUUGCCGAAAAGUCAAUCCAAUACGACAUUAUCGAUGGGAAAAGCUAAACGAGAUACAGAACGUAUGCAUCGGCCAAUAAUUGCAACAUCCAAUGGAUUUCUUCAAUCUAAACCAAUCAGUAACACGUCAUCAUUGUCAUCAUUACGUGGUCGAUUUCCAAGUCCCAAUCCAACGGCGCCGAUAAUUAGUUCAUCCAAUAAAUCAACUGAUUAUUCGAAAUUGUCAUCAACAGAUCGACUCGAGCUAGAAAAACGGGAAUGUCAAGAGCGAGAACAAGAAUUACGAAAACAACGUCAUUCAGUCAACGGUGAUUCAGGCAAUGGAUCGCAAGAUGAACAUGACGACGAUCAAGAGCGUUAUUCCGACAAAAUUGAACGAUUGAAACGAAAAGAAAAUGAAAAAGCUCAAGCACCAUUGGUUCGACCAACAAAAAAACUGGAUAUGUGCCAAAGAUGGGAACAGAUGUUAACGAAUAAAAAUGCUCAACAAACAGUUGGUGAUGAACAUAAUGAUGAUGAUUAA